UGAUUGGACGAAGAAGCCGGUUACUCCACAGAACAUCCUCGCAUGUGCUUCUUGCCAUAGCCUCAGCGGCCAAAUCGACGCUUGUGUUAUCAGCGCUUGUUGGAUAUAAACGGGGUAUUCCGUUAUCAAAUAUCCACACACCCGGGGACCUUCUGAUAGAGGUCCUACAGUUGUUGUCAGCAAUGGCCAGCAAGAUCCAGCAACUGUUGAAGCAGUAUGAAGGUGCAGAGCCAGAUCCACGCACACGGCACUGGUUGAUGAUCUCGGACAGCCCGGUGCCUGUGUGGGUGGCGACGGCGCUGUACCUGCUGAUGGUGCUGGUGGGACCACGCAUCAUGAAGAACCGUCAGCCAUUCUCCCUGCAGUGGCUAAUGGUCGUCUACAACCUGGGACUGGUCGUGCUCUCCGUGUACAUGUUCAUCGAGAUCAUCGUGAGUGUGGUGGAUGCAGGCUACGACAUGUGGUGCGCCACCUACAACCCAGGCAGCUGGACCAAUCCGAAGGAGAUGAGGGUCGCCAAGGUGAUGUGGUGGUACUUCUUUUCCAAAGUGAUUGAAUUUAAUGACACGCUCCUUAUGAUCCUACGUAAAAAGUUCAACCAGAUCACAUUCCUACAUGUCUUCCACCACGCCACCAUGCUGAACAUCUGGUGGUGGGUCGUCAUGUUCAUCCCUGGAGGCAUGUCCUGGUUCGGCAGCUGGCUCAACUGCCUCGUCCACAUCGUCAUGUACUCCUACUACGGCCUGUCUGCCAUCCCCGCGCUUCGAGGCAAGCUCUGGUGGAAGAAGUAUAUCACCAAGUUCCAGUUGUUGCAGUUCUGCAUAACGUUCACCCACACGGCCAACUCACUUCGAGUGUCAUGUGACUUCCCACGCUGGGGUCAGUGGCUCCUCACGAUCUACAUGGUGGCCAUGUUGUGCUUGUUUGGAAACUUCUACAUACAGGCGUAUAUACGGAAACAUAAAAACACCCACUCCCUGGCGGCGGUCCCUGGAAAAGUGAACGGUGUCACAGGUGGAAAUGGAAAGAAAUAUAUGAAUGGACAAAGAAAUGGCUAUAUACAGCAUGCAAAGGCAGAGUAGCUUCCCCUUAUUCCAUGUUCACGUUUACUGAUUUGUAAAUAGUUGCUUUAUACGAUGCCAGGUUAGAGGGCAGCUGGCAAGGUCAGCUGGCAAGGACGACAGUUGACCUCUGAACUUGGUGAUGGUGAAAGUAUGAGCAGUGAUUUGUUUUUGAUCUGGUAACCAUAGUAAUUGUUUCCGGUGAUAUAUCUUUAAUCAAACAGUGAUGGCUGGGAGUGCAAGUAAUGUUUGUACAGCUCUUCUGUAGGCAAUCAUGUUGACUUGUCGUUAUUGGUUGACUCGAUAUGUGAUGCUGUUGCUUGGUUUGUAAUAGUGAUAAUAUUGAUUACCUCGAUAUCGGGAGCGCUAUUGAUUACCUCGAUAUCGGGAAUGCUAUUAAUUAGCUUGAUGUCAGGAACACUAUUAAUUGGCUUGAUAUCAGGGACACUAUUAAUUGGCUUGAUAUCAGGGACACUAUUAAUUAGCUUGAUAUCAGGAUCGCUAUUAAUUGGCUUGAUAUAUGGAACACUAUUAAUUGGUUUGAUAUCAGAAAUGCUAUUAAUUGGCUUGAUAUCAGGGACACUAUUAAUUAGCUUGAUAUCAGGAUCGCUAUUAAUUGGCUUGAUAUCAGAAACACUAUUAAUUGGCUUGAUAUCAGAAACACUGUUAAUUGGCUUGAUAUCAGGAAAUGCUAUUAAUUGGCUUUGAU